AAUAUAUGUAUACAUAUAGUUUUAGUACUUGUAGGCUCUAUUUCAGUACAGUUUUUAGUGAACACAGUGAUUCCUUCUCUGCAAGUGCCUUGUGUCCUAUCUGAUAUGAUAUGAACUCCAAAAUGGUUACAGAAAUUCUUAAUAAGAAAACCAUUAUCUUCUAAUCCUCAAAUUCCUGUGUGUUCUCUUUUGGGACACAUUCAUAGUGGGGAUUUGGGUAAGCUCCACUUUUUCCCAAAAAUUUGAUGUCCUCCUGCAACUUUAUAUAAAAACAACCAAUAGGAAUUAUUAUAAAUUCUUUUUAUCUCUGCCUUUGAAGGUGCAUAAAGAAAAAGGUUGGUCAGUGGAUUAUCAAGAAAGCAUAUCCCAUGCCACCAUACCUUUCCAUCAUAUACCACCACAAUCAAUUGAGACUUGCUGGUCUCUCUUUGAGUUCAGGACUUGUUUCCUUCUGUGUGUACCAUGUGUUCUUUCCUUCUUAAUGUCUCAACCAUCUCCAUCUCCAAACUUGGGUCCUUCCUUAAGCACCAUUCCUUGCCAUGAAUCCCAAGAACACCAAGCCAUUGAUUUCAAUGUCAUGGUUAUUGUGGCUGCUUUGUUAUGUGCCUUGGUUUGUGCACUAGGCCUAAACUCUACGUUACAGUGUGUGUUUCAAUGUACACACCGCGCGUUAACUGAGCCGGUGCAAUGGAUGACCUCUCGGAGACUGAAUUCAGGGCUUAAGAAGAAAGAAAUGGUAGCUUUGCCCACAUCAACUUAUGCAUGCAACUCUGGUUCACCAUCCUCGAUUUCAGGCUGUGCUAUUUGCCUAGCUGAGUUUUCAGAGGGAGAGAAAAUACGAGUCCUGCCCAAAUGCAACCAUCAGUUUCAUGUUGCUUGCAUUGAUAAGUGGCUGCUCUCUCAUUCUUCCUGUCCUACUUGCCGGCAUUGGCUCAAAUCUAAGGACUCUGUGUCUGCGCCUUCUCUGGAUGAGAUUGUCACUGCCCCAUGAAGCUGUCUUAGUGUAUCAGUACUUAGAAGUUGUAAUUUAGCCAAGGGAGGAAAUCUACUCUCUUUGAGUUCUAAUCAGUAAACAUGAGAUUCAUGUUUUCUGCGACAAACCAAAGUUGUAUCGACUAGAUUGUCAUACAUAGAGGGCAUUUUCUUGCUACUCUUCUGGACCUUCUUGUUUUAUCAAUAAGAAAGUUGGGUGUGGGAGUUUCUUUUUCUUCUACUCUUUUCACAAAGAGACUUUUCAAUGGAUUAUUAAAAAUGCUACCUUGAAAUUUACCACCAAUACAUCUCCAUGACAUGAUCAGUCUGCAACUUUGUAGAGGUUCUCACCAUAUGGUGAGAAGGUAA